AGGUGACCGCGGGCGGCGCGGGCACGGGCACGGGCGCAGGCGGCGCGGCGAGGAGGCGGCCCGCGGAGUCCAGCGAAGUUUGGCGGAACAUGGCGGAAGCGCCCGGGGCACGCAGGAGCGCGGCACGGCGGCGGCCGGAGCCGGAGGAGCUGUAGCAGCCUUAUUCGCCGCCGCCGCGGGGCGAGGUCGCCGCCAUGGCCCGCUGGAUCACGACCAAGAGGCAAAAGUACGGGGUUGCGAUCUAUAACUACAAUGCUUCUCAAGAUGUGGAGCUCUCCUUGCAGAUCGGUGACACAGUUCACAUCCUGGAGAUGUACGAGGGUUGGUACAGAGGAUAUACCCUCCAAAAUAAAUCUAAAAAGGGCAUUUUCCCUGAAACAUAUAUCCAUUUGAAAGAGGCAACUGUGGAAGACCUGGGGCAGCAUGAAACCGUGAUUCCUGGCGAGCUCCCCCUGGUGCAGGAGCUCACGUCCACUCUGCGAGAAUGGGCUGUCAUCUGGCGAAAGCUCUACGUGAACAACAAGCUCACCCUCUUCCACCAGCUGCAGCAGAUGACGUACAGCCUGAUCGAGUGGCGGUCCCAGAUCCUGUCUGGGACGCUCCCCAAGGAUGAACUGGCAGAGCUCAAGAAGAAAGUCACAGCCAAAAUUGAUCAUGGGAACAGAAUGCUGGGGUUAGAUCUGGUGGUGCGAGAUGACAAUGGGAACAUCCUAGACCCCGACGAAACCAGCACCAUUGCCCUCUUCAAGGCCCAUGAGGUGGCCUCCAAAAGGAUUGAGGAAAAGAUCCAAGAAGAGAAGUCAAUCCUGCAGAACCUCGACUUGCGGGGCCAGUCCAUCUUCAGUACCAUCCACACCUAUGGCCUCUAUGUGAACUUCAAGAACUUUGUCUGCAACAUCGGGGAAGAUGCAGAGUUGUUUAUGGCCCUCUAUGACCCAGACCAGUCCACUUUUAUCAGUGAGAACUAUCUAAUUCGUUGGGGCAGUAACGGGAUGCCCAAGGAAAUAGAGAAGCUCAAUAACCUCCAAGCAGUGUUUACAGACCUCAGCAGCAUGGACCUCAUCCGGCCCCGCGUCAGCCUGGUGUGCCAGAUCGUCCGCGUGGGCCACAUGGAGCUGAAGGAAGGCAAGAAGCACACCUGUGGACUCCGAAGACCUUUUGGAGUGGCAGUGAUGGAUAUUACUGAUAUCAUACAUGGGAAGGUGGAUGAUGAAGAAAAGCAGCAUUUUAUUCCCUUUCAGCAAAUUGCAAUGGAAACCUACAUCCGCCAGAGGCAGCUCAUCAUGUCACCUUUGAUAACAUCACACAUGAUUGGGGAGAAUGAACCACUCACUUCAGUCUUGAAUAAAGUGAUUGCAGCAAAGGAAGUGAAUCACAAAGGGCAAGGCCUUUGGGUAUCCUUGAAGCUCUUGCCCGGUGACCUCACACAGGUUCAGAAGAAUUUUUCACACUUGGUUGAUAGAUCAACAGCGAUAGCCCGGAAGAUGGGCUUUCCUGAAAUCAUACUGCCAGGAGAUGUUCGGAAUGACAUUUAUGUCACCCUGAUCCAUGGCGAGUUUGACAAAGGGAAGAAGAAGACGCCAAAGAAUGUGGAGGUGACAAUGUCUGUGCACGAUGAGGAGGGCAAGCUCUUGGAGAAAGCAAUUCACCCUGGUGCUGGAUAUGAAGGCAUUUCAGAAUACAAAUCAGUAGUCUAUUACCAAGUCAAGCAGCCCUGUUGGUAUGAGACUGUCAAGGUAUCCAUCGCUAUAGAAGAAGUCACACGCUGUCAUAUAAGAUUUACCUUCCGACACAGGUCAUCUCAGGAAACCAGAGAUAAAUCGGAGCGAGCAUUUGGGGUGGCCUUCGUGAAGCUUAUGAACCCGGAUGGCACCACUCUGCAGGAUGGGAGGCACGAUCUGGUGGUUUAUAAGGGUGACAACAAAAAAAUGGAAGAUGCUAAAUUCUACCUGACCCUGCCUGGGACCAAGAUGGAGAUGGAAGAAAAAGAGCUUCAAGCAUCCAAAAACCUGGUCACCUUCACCCCAAGCAAGGAUAGCACUAAAGACAGCUUUCAGAUUGCCACCCUCAUCUGCUCCACAAAGCUCACCCAGAAUGUUGACCUGUUAGGCUUGUUAAAUUGGCGUUCCAACUCCCAGAACAUUAAACACAACCUCAAGAAGUUAAUGGAAGUGGAUGGAGGAGAGAUUGUUAAGUUUUUGCAAGAUACACUAGAUGCACUUUUUAACAUAAUGAUGGAAAUGUCAGACAGUGAAACCUAUGACUUCCUUGUGUUUGAUGCACUGGUAUUUAUUAUUUCACUGAUAGGAGACAUCAAGUUCCAGCAUUUUAAUCCUGUACUUGAAACCUACAUUUACAAGCACUUCAGUGCCACUUUGGCAUAUGUGAAACUCUCCAAGGUACUGAACUUCUAUGUGGCUAAUGCAGAUGACUCCAGCAAGACUGAAUUGCUUUUUGCUGCGUUGAAAGCCUUGAAGUACUUGUUUAGAUUCAUCAUCCAAUCUCGAGUGCUCUACUUGAGAUUUUAUGGCCAGAGCAAAGAUGGAGAUGAGUUUAAUAAUUCAAUUCGCCAGUUAUUUCUUGCUUUCAAUAUGCUGAUGGACAGGCCUCUGGAGGAAGCUGUCAAGAUCAAGGGGGCAGCUUUGAAGUACCUUCCUAGCAUAAUUAAUGACGUCAAACUUGUAUUUGAUCCUGUUGAGCUCAGCGUGCUCUUCUGCAAAUUCAUUCAAAGCAUUCCUGACAACCAGCUGGUUCGGCAGAAACUUAACUGCAUGACCAAGAUAGUAGAGAGCACUCUUUUUCGACAGUCAGAGUGCAGAGAAGUGCUGCUGCCACUACUGACGGACCAGCUCAGCGGCCAGUUAGAUGACAACUCCAGCAAGCCUGACCACGAGGCAAGCUCGCAGCUUCUGAGCAACAUCCUGGAGGUGCUGGACAGGAAGGAUGUGGGUGCCACUGCGAUGCACAUUCAGCUUAUAAUGGAACGGCUGCUGAGAAGGAUCAACCGGACAGUGAUUGGGAUGAACCGGCAGUCUCCCCACAUUGGGAGUUUUGUGGCCUGCAUGAUUGCCCUGCUGCAGCAAAUGGACGACAGCCACUAUAACCACUACAUCAGCACUUUCAAAACCAGACAAGACAUCAUUGACUUCCUCAUGGAAACUUUUAUCAUGUUCAAGGACCUGAUUGGAAAGAAUGUCUAUGCCAAAGAUUGGAUGGUGAUGAAUAUGACUCAAAACAGGGUUUUUCUCCGUGCUAUAAAUCAGUUUGCUGAAGUUCUCACAAGAUUCUUCAUGGAUCAGGCAAGCUUUGAACUUCAGCUCUGGAACAAUUACUUCCAUUUGGCAGUAGCAUUUCUCACCCAUGAGUCCCUUCAGCUUGAAACCUUCUCACAAGCCAAGCGCAACAAAAUUGUUAAAAAAUAUGGGGACAUGAGAAAGGAAAUCGGCUUUAGAAUCCGGGACAUGUGGUAUAACCUGGGUCCCCACAAAAUCAAAUUCAUCCCAUCCAUGGUAGGUCCCAUUCUGGAGGUCACUCUGACCCCUGAAGUAGAGCUCCGGAAAGCCACAAUCCCCAUUUUCUUUGAUAUGAUGCAGUGUGAGUUCAAUUUCAGUGGAAAUGGCAAUUUCCAUAUGUUUGAGAACGAGCUGAUCACAAAGCUGGACCAGGAGGUAGAAGGGGGCAGAGGAGACGAACAAUACAAGGUUCUUCUGGAAAAACUGCUCCUAGAACAUUGCCGGAAACACAAAUACCUCUCCAGCUCUGGGGAGGUCUUCGCCCUCCUGGUCAGCAGCCUCUUAGAGAACCUGCUGGACUAUAGAACCAUCAUCAUGCAAGAUGAGAGCAAGGAGAACCGUAUGAGCUGCACUGUGAACGUGCUGAACUUUUAUAAAGAAAAGAAGAGAGAGGACAUAUACAUAAGAUAUCUGUACAAGCUUCGAGAUUUGCACCGAGACUGUGAGAACUACACAGAAGCUGCCUACACGCUUCUCUUGCACGCUGAGCUUCUGCAGUGGUCUGACAAGCCCUGUGUGCCUCAUUUGCUUCAGAGGGACAGUUACUAUGUUUAUACCCAGCAAGAGCUUAAAGAGAAGCUGUAUCAAGAAAUCAUAUCAUAUUUUGACAAAGGCAAAAUGUGGGAGAAGGCCAUCAAGCUGAGCAAAGAGUUGGCUGAGACUUACGAAAGCAAAGUAUUUGACUACGAGGGCCUUGGCAACCUCCUGAAAAAAAGGGCCUCGUUUUAUGAGAACAUCAUUAAGGCAAUGAGGCCUCAGCCUGAAUAUUUUGCUGUUGGAUACUAUGGACAGGGCUUUCCUUCUUUCCUACGGAAUAAAAUCUUCAUCUAUCGGGGAAAGGAGUAUGAGAGGCGAGAGGACUUCAGCCUGAGGUUGCUAACCCAGUUCCCCAAUGCGGAGAAGAUGACCAGUACCACGCCUCCUGGGGAAGACAUCAAGUCCUCCCCCAAGCAGUACAUGCAGUGCUUCACCGUAAAGCCAGUGAUGAGCUUGCCGCCCAGCUACAAGGAUAAACCUGUUCCAGAACAGAUCUUAAACUACUACAGAGCCAAUGAAGUGCAGCAGUUCAGAUACUCCCGGCCGUUCCGGAAAGGAGAAAAGGAUCCAGACAAUGAAUUUGCUACAAUGUGGAUUGAACGGACCACAUAUACGACUGCAUAUACCUUUCCUGGGAUUCUCAAGUGGUUUGAAGUCAAGCAGAUUUCAACAGAGGAGAUCAGUCCUCUGGAGAAUGCCAUCGAAACCAUGGAGCUGACCAAUGAGAGGAUCAGCAACUGUGUUCAGCAGCAUGCUUGGGACCGGUCCCUCUCUGUGCACCCCCUCUCCAUGCUGCUCAGUGGCAUCGUGGACCCAGCCGUCAUGGGGGGCUUCUCCAACUAUGAAAAGGCUUUUUUUACAGAAAAGUACUUGCAGGAGCAUCCUGAAGACCAGGAGAAGGUUGAGCUGCUAAAGCGACUAAUAGCAUUACAGAUGCCUCUGCUAACAGAAGGGAUCCGCAUCCAUGGGGAGAAACUGACAGAGCAGCUGAAGCCGCUGCAUGAGCGGUUGUCUUCUUGCUUCCGGGAACUCAAGGAGAAAGUAGAAAAGCACUAUGGGGUUAUAACACUGCCACCCAACUUGACGGAGAGGAAGCAAAGCCGCACGGGGUCUAUUGUGCUUCCCUACAUCAUGUCUUCCACUCUGCGGAGGUUGUCCAUCACCUCAGUCACUUCCUCUGUGGUUUCCACCUCUUCAAACUCAUCUGACAAUGCUCAUUCCAGACCGGGAUCUGAUGGCUCAGUCCUGGAGCCACUGUUGGAGCGCAGGGCCUCAUCGGGUGCCAGAGUUGAAGAUCUGUCCCUAAGAGAGGAGAACAGCGAGAACCGGAUCAGCAAGUUUAAGAGAAAAGACUGGAGUCUGAGCAAGUCCCAGGUCAUUGCAGAGAAAGCACCAGAACCUGAUUUGAUGAGCCCAACCAGAAAAGCACAAAGGCCAAAGAGUCUCCAGUUGAUGGAUAAUCGGCUAUCACCAUUUCACGGUUCUUCACCUCCUCAGUCAACACCCUUGAGCCCACCUCCACUCACUCCCAAAGCCACCAGGACCCUAAGCUCCCCAUCGUUGCAGACAGAUGGAAUCACGGCCACUCCUGUCCCACCUCCACCUCCCCCCAAAAGCAAGCCCUAUGAGGGCAGCCAGAGGAACUCCACUGAGCUCGCUCCCCCACUGCCUGUCCGAAGAGAAGCCAAAGCACCACCCCCUCCACCUCCAAAGGCUCGGAAGUCUGGCAUCCCUACUUCCGAGCCUGGAUCCCAGUAAGGAUCUUGCCCUCCCUGCAACACCGAGUGCCUUAGACAGCUGCUGCCUGAGAACUGGCCUCCAGCCAGUGUCCUCAUUCCAUGGGGCUCCCUGCUGACUGCAUUUCCGGAUCUGGGAUGAUGUUUACCAGCCCAAAACCGGUCAUGUUCUUCCAAAAGCUUCUCUUUGAUAGAAGUUUGAGGCCAUGCCACCUCCUUUCCAGUCCAUAUGGAAUUCCAGAAUCAGUCACAGCCUCUGAAUUUUUCCAAGAGAUUGCAUUCAUCAUUGUUAAAUGUCAGCCUGUACGGCAGAGACGUGGUAGUCUGCACAAGCCUGGACAAGUUCUUCCACAUUGAUGGUGGAGCAACCCCUGUAAUCUACUCCUUGGAAGGAUUUUUUGCUUUGCUUAUGAAAAGCUGUGCUUGAGACUUAGGUACUUUUCUCACGUGGACACACUGAUCCCAUCCCAUAUUGCACCUUGGAAGAGAUGGAUAUCAAAUACACUUUGGUAGCUGAAAUAAUCAUAUCUUUCUGAUGUCUGUUGUAUCUCCUUUGAGGAAAAGAACACACAUUUUUAAUGGAGAUUGGCUGCUUUCAGGUAUGUGUGGCUAUCAUUGAAAGAGCAUGGACUCAAACGUCAGCCCUGAGUUCUUGAGUCCACCCAACUCCCGUCUUUCUUGUGGCAAAGGAAAGCUGCUGUCUCCCUCUCCCACCACACUCCUGACUAAUGGCCUUCACUGCACUGCAGUCACUCCUUCCCUACGGACUUCUUUGAAGCUCUUCCUUUUGCACAUACGGCUUUUUCUUUCUUUUUUUUUUUUUUUUUGUCCUAUUACCUCCUCUGAGCGCAAAUCACUGGCUACAAGGGACUUACCAGUCUGGAUUCAGCAGCUUCUUUUCUAGAACCCAUUUGGGUGACUCAGCAGCCGCAUCUGCUACCUGAUUUUAUCCUGGAGAAUACAGUGCAAUAUUUCUCUUUGAUUAUUUAUUCCUCUUGAUUGUGGAAUUAAUUUGAUUGCUUGCUAAUGGUACUAAUAGUACUCCUUUCAGAAGAAAAAGAUGGAGUGAUUUAGGUGACCAAAUAUUACAUACAUAAAUAGCCACAUGAAGUUUUAGAUGUUUGGAGCUUGAAACCUCAAAGAUCAACCAACCAGCCCCCUUAUUUAGUAAAUAAGGAAAUUGAGGCUAUACACAGAAAAUUGUACUACAGAUUAUUACUAAUAACCCAGCUUGCUAAAUUAGGCUAUACCUAGGUAACUUCUAGAAGACAACUCUGACAAACUCUUUAAUAUUUACCCCUGGUUGAAACAAUAUUUGAAAUGUCCCAGAUAUUUCUAUGCUACUUAGAUAUUUGUGGCAAAGCAGAAAGCUUUUUGACUGUGAAGGCAAAGGUCAGCACUGGGGGAAACUUGCUGGCGGUCUCUCCCACAACCUUGCCCAGAGUCCUUUCCACUAAGGAGGUGAAGAGAACAGAGAAAGAGAUUUCCAUUUCUGCUGCCAGAGCUGCUAUUUGCCUGCCUGAUUCUCUGUGUUUCCUGUUUCACCGCCAUCCUUUCAGGAGAGAACUACACCAGUUCAUCAUGAGGGUCAAGGAAGCAAAAAGCUCUCAGAUGUGUCCAGGGCGUUACUUAAGAAAUGAGUAUGCAGAUUCUGGAAGGGGUGUGGAAAAGGUGAUCCUUUACCCCCCACCCAGGAAAACCUGCAGUGUGCUAGCAUGGAAAAAUCAUGGGCUUUGGAAUUAAACCCAUUUGGUGGAAUUAAACCCAUUUGGUUUCAAAUCCCAGUUAUGACAUCUGUUAACUUUGCAAACUCACACAAAUUAUUUGAAAUUAUCUGAGUUUUCAUUUUCUCACCUUCCAGAAUGGGGAUAAUGCCUCCUGCAUGGGUUGUGAGGUUUCAAUGAGAUAAAAUAUGGGAAAGAAGAGGUACUCACCUGAUGGUCCUUGCUUUUCUCUGCUAGGCCUGAGUAGGAACUGGAACUCUCUAAGAGCAUUACUGAUACUUUUUUUUUCUUCCAAGGUAGUUUGGAAUGUGAGUGCAAGUUAGUUCUGCAUAUAUAGCCCUUCUCCAAAUGGUGGUUUCCUUUGAGGUCUUUUACAUGAUUAUUUAUGACUAGAGACAAACUUAAUAAGAACUCAAGAGGAUUUUAAAUGGAAAGAACUCAAGCUGUAGAGAAAGGAGGAGGCAACAGAAAGGAUAUGUAGGGGCUUACCUAGAGCCUGGCACGACUUCUGAGAAGUCACCCAGCAGACCGGCUAGAGGGGAUUUGUGUGCCACACUCUACUUGCCGGGCUGCCAUUAAAAUAGAAAGAUAUAAAACUGGGUCACCAAAAAAACCAAACCUCAAGGCUAUCCUUCCAGAGCAGUAGAAAUGAGUCCCACAGCCUGGUCUUUGAGCAGAGGCUGGGAAGAUAGGAUACAUCACUCUCUGGAUACCUUCUCUUUUUAAUAGAAUAUAUUCCAUAUGAUUCCCUUUCCACCUUAAUGGAAAUAAUAGCUCUGUCCUGCCUGAACAAAAGGGAUUCCAGGUAGUAUUGUGGCUAAGAGAUUACAGUGGACGAUGGAAGGUUCAUUUUUUAGGGAAGCUGUUGGGUAGGAAGAGUCACAUUUGACAGAAUUCAUAAAUAAUGUGUCCUGAAGUCAGAGGAUGACUGCAAAGAAACACCUCAUGAUUCCAUUAAAUAUAAAGAGAUAAGGAGCAAGGAGGAAAAAAGAGAAAGAAUUGGUCUUUAUUUUUCUUGCCAAGAACUCUCUGGAGUAUUGAAAGACAUUGAAAUUAUCCCUAAAAUUGUCACAACUUUUGUGAAUACUGGUAUAUGGUUGGAGGUGUUUUUAAAUCUUUAUUUCCUCUCUUUCUCUGUUCUAGUGACUUGUCUUGGUUUAAGAUUUUUUUUAAAGAAUUGUUUUAUUCAACAUAUAUCAAGUUUUUAUGGAAUGCCAGUCAUGGUACUAGCUCCUUGGGGUGUAGCGGUUGAGUGUGUUCAAUGGAAACAGCCCCAGUAUACAAAGACAGUUCACUCUGGUGUGCUGUAGGAUUGGAAAGGGAGUGGUACCAGAUGAAAAUGAAACCCUAAAGAAGACUGCUGGGCCAUGAGUUGCUUCCUCCUCCUCCACCUUAACCCUCUGAUUCCAGAAUUGCAGUCAUUUUCUCCUGCCAGGGAAAUCCAUUAAAAACUGCAGCCACACUGCAAAUUCAUAAUGUAAAACAAGAUGUAAAGCAGGCUUUGAGACAACAACCUACCUUUGUUUACUCUUUCCAAGCUGAAAGAGUCCUUCUCCUCUAGUUGCCCCUAGGUCACUGGCUAAUUUCUUAUUUUAAAAUCUAGAUGGAACUCACGUACAGUUUAGUGCACAAACCUUAGCCAUGCAGAUGGGUAAUUUUCACAUAGCUAUCUGCCCACAUCCCUGCCUCUAAGAUAUAGACAUACACUGUGUUCAGCACCCCAGAAAGUUCCCACGUGCCCAUGCGCCAUUUUGUGAAAGGUAUUUAGAAGGCCCUUCAAAUUUGUGGCUUCCUUUCUCAUACUUCUCAGGUAUAAUGAAAAGGGGAGAAAAACCCCACCAUCAACACACAACAAGGCUAUAAAGACUGUGCACCUUUUAACAAGUCAAUUUGUAGUCAGUCCGUGGGCCUGUCUUUUUUUCUUUUUUUUUUUUUAAUUUUGAAGCUACCUGAGGUUUAGAAUUCCUUCAGCCCUAGCUGCUUUUAUUCUAGGUAAACAAAAAGAGGGGGAGGAUCUGAAGGAAACUAGUUUUCUGUACAAAGGCUUUGAGGUCCAUGGACUAUACUUGUCCCAUUUAUCAUCCCAAGUGGUGCUUUGACCCUGCCAUACCCUGGCUAUUAAGAUAAAAAGAUUUGUGGACAUUAAAAUUAUGAAUAUGUCAGUAAUAAUCCAGCACACAUUGAAAUAUUGACACAGAUUACCAUAAUUUGUGCAACAUCUUAUAAACAAUGUCAUUUCCAUAGUAGUCUAAGGCUUCACCAGCCAGGCCCACUGUAUCUAGACUUUAGGUUCAUUUUAAUAAUUAUGCUUUCCUUCUCUGUAUCAUUUGGGAAGUUGAUAAAUAUCACUGCCUUAGAUACCUUCAUUCAGUGGUAUGUCUGGCUUUUACAAUUAAAUUGGAAAAGGUAAGUUUCUCUUUGGUGGGUUGAGAGUUGGACCAUCAAUUCUAAUCUACACAAGGAAAUUCAUGAUUUCACUCUGACGCCUAGGAUCUAGCCAAGGCUGGUCUGCAGUAUCAGAUGUCCAAACUCAUCUACUAUUAGCCAUAUUUUUUGAGUUGUUUAUCUAAACUUGGUCAAAAAUGCCUUUGCCAUGAUUUUGUUGCUAUCUGGGUUUCAAACAUGGACAGUUAGGAAGAUGUGCAUUGAAGUAGGAAAAUUUUGUUCGGAUUUGCUGUUAUUUAUUUUUUAAUUAAAAAUGGAAAUGUAUUUUAAAGUUUA